AUGGAUGCGGCACGCUAUCAGAGUUGGAGCGGCAGCAACAGCAGCGGCAGGAGCGCCGACGGCUGGCAGGCGCAAUCGGAACAGCAGUCGCAGCCGCACCAGCGGCCAAUGCUCGAUGAUGCAGGUGUUGCAGGCGCACACGUGUUGCCCUCCUCAUCCGCACCUUCCGUCCCAACCUCGAUGACAACGCCUGUGACAAGUCCUGGAGUCCACUUUGAUGGGCACAUGCACGGGAGACAUGAACAAUUUGUGCCCGCAGCUACCAAUGUACCUGGAAGUAGAGCGCGGUCAUCCACUUCGACUGGCACAUCGUAUGCAAAGCGACAACAGGUGCCGAAUGCUUGUGCGGCCUGUCGGAAGCGGAAAUCCAAGUGUGACGCAGUCCGCCCAACAUGCAAAGCAUGCCACCUGAGAAAAACCACCUGCGAAUACCUUAGCGAACCAGGUGAAACGUCUGUCGGCUCAUUGAAACGGAAAUACACCCAACUUGUUGAGCACAGGUCUGCUGUAGACGAAAUCUACGGCGUCCUGUCAAAAUGUUCCGACAUCGAUGCCCAGGCUAUUUUCCACAACAUCCGCCGAGGAGUUGAUCCAAGCAUCAUAUUGCGACAGUCCAGGGAAGCCAAUCUCCGAACUCAGGUCAACUUGGUCCCUCAAACAACCAUGAGAUAUGACUUUCCCUUUCUCAAGGAAAUGCCCGCAGAACUGUUGCAGCCUGACAAUCCUUAUUUACAUUCCCUGCUGUACGAGUCAACUUUUCACAGUAAUUCGUCUCUCGACCAGGCUGUAAAAUCUCCUACGAUAUCGAGGUUGACGAAACCUCAAAGUCCUUAUUUGAAACCAUACCAUGCCGCCAAAGUCGCUGAGCCACUUCUUGACAAGAUCAGACCUUCGGACUGGACCGCGGUGACGAAGGAUAAUUCAUUACUGAGGAAGCUUCUCGACGCGUACUUUCUCAUGGAGUACCAGUGGUUACCUGUCUUUCACAAAGAUUUGUUUCUGGAGGACAUGGCUAGCGGUGGGACUGACUUCUGCUCGAAGAUGUUGGUGAACGCUCUUUUGGCCAGGGCUUGUCAAUCACUCGAAGAAGUACAUGGUCGAGCUGAAUUUUGGAACCCAGACAGCCUAUAUUAUCGUUUUCUCGCGGAAGCCAAGAGAUUUUGGGAGCUAGAAGCAGCUAGUGGGGACGUUGGACUUACAACCAUACAAGCCGCGGUCUUGCUGGACAUGAGCUACCGCGUAAACUGCUUAGACAAGGUUGGGAAAUCGUAUUUGGUGCAGGCAGUACGACUUGCCGAGUCUAUGCAGUUGUUCAAAGCUUCUUCGCCUGACAUGAGCCAAAGAAUGCGUGUUGCCAGGGAGUUCACAGCUCGGACCCUGUACUCUUAUCAAACAGUGCAGGCUUAUUACUACUUGAAGGCUCCGUUUAUGGAGAGCGAAUUGGAAACACCACUGCCGGAUCCGCUGGAAGAUAAAUCUUGGUACGGGGAAGUGUGGAUAACUUACCCCUUGGAUCGAUUUCCUAUCCCUACGCAUUUUGGGAUUUUGCACCAGGCAAAACUUACCUUCCACCUCAUACUUACCGACCUUGCACGACGCUUGUUCAGUCGAGCUGGGCACAUUGCGAAACUGACUGUUAGCGAGGCGCAAGAAUACCAGGCCGCGUUGGAGUCGUGGUAUAACAGCUUGCAUGAAACGUUGACUCCAGCAAAUAUAGUCUAUCCAACGCAGCUGAAGCUUCACAUAGAGUACUACAAAACCGUCUGGCUCCUGUGGGAGACGUUUGUCGAUCUAGACACCGCCGACACCCCGGAACUGGCCCAAGAUUUGCAAACCCGUUACCUUGAAACAUCGAAAAUCCGUUUCGAAACCCUCAUGCGCCUUUACUUUCUCCGCCACAGCUUCUCCAGCACCGACCAGUACCUCGUCAUCCUCCUUCUAACUCUAGCUUGUUCAGCGUUGGACAGGCUUGAAAGCUGCUCCGAAAGCAAGCAGCAAGAUUCUCUGAUCUCAACGGCACUACUCUGCGCCAAGGGCCUGUUCGACCAGUCCAAAGUCUGUUAUGUCGCCGAAGUAGUGCUCCAUGUUGUCCGUGACAAGAUGACUCCUCGGGUUCGCGCUCUCUUAGCCCCCUACUUGCGGAGCGAAAGUGACUUUGACUCGCGGAAAGGAAUGGCUAGUGAGAUUACGAGAUCAGAGUUACCCAUCCCCAUUCUCAAUAUGGGCACGGACUCAAAGCUGAUGAAGUUGGAGAAUUUGGUAAAGGCAUAUUCGGAAAUGACGCUUGAUACGUCGUCGGUUUGA